AUGCGAACAAGUGUCUCGAUUCUUCCGGUCGAGCUAAUGGAAGAAAUUCUGCAGCAAGCUUGGGAUCUUCCCCUACAGCGUGACGAGCGGAUAGAUAUAUGGCUAUCCCUUACCACAGUCUCGCACACCAUGUUGAACAUCUUUAUCCGCAUCUCGAUGCGGGACGUGCACAUCAUGACCCCUGCUUUCUCGCGGCACUAUCUCAAGCUCGUCCGACCGCGCAUGUCGUUCGAGCCCGACGAGAGCUACUUGCUGCGCAAUGCCUGCCGGGUCGCACACCGGCUCUGCCGUUCGCUCACCUUCCACAUCGACAGCCGCCCGCGCAGCGGCGGAGGCCCAGCGGAGCCCGCAAUCCGGCUGUAUGGCGACGGCGACCUCGCAGCGGAAGCGGUGAGCAACACGCUGUACGUGCUGGGCCUCCUGCCUGUCUUUGGGCCGAACCUUCGACGCGUCGUGCUACAAUACACCGACUGGGGCUUCGACGACGUCCUCGACCAGUGCCGCCUACCACCGAUGCCGACGCAGGUGUGCACCGUCGAGCUCCGCUACGCGUUCAGUCCCCGCGUCGCGCGCCUAGCAGACCUCGCGCGCAAACACUACACGCGCCCGUUCAGCCUCCCGGGCAUGCACUGGCAGAUGCCGCAGGUGCGCACCCUUGCCGUGAGCGGCGCACCGGGCGCUUUCAUCACCGCCGUUGCGCAGAUGUGUCCGCUUCUCGAACGGCUCGAGGUGGACGAGUAUGCCGAACUCGACAGGGCGUGGAAGGUGCCGGAGGGUCUGGACAUGCUCGUCUUCGAGAAGAGUGCCCCGCGCGUAGGCAGAGUCACGGAUUGGUGGAGCGUCGCGCGAGCGGUGGCGGGCGACGCCGCAGCGACGACGACACAAUACAUGUUGACGACGCUUUCGACGCCGUGGAAGGAUCAGCAUGUUCGCCAACGUCUUAAGCGAAUGUGUUUGCGCCAAAACACGUUCAUCGUGUAUGCCUGA